AUGGACAAGCCUAAAAGUGCUCAGGAGCCACUUCGCGUAGCCGAAGAGCUGUCGCGAACAAAUGCCGUCUCGACGAUUGCACUUCGACCUUUGUCGAUGUGGCUUCUUCACUCUGCCCUCCCAGACCUCGGCUCAGACUCUGAUGCUUCUCCUCCUUGUUUGGAGAAACUACCUGAAGUCGCUGCUCGAGUGUUCUUCCAGCUGAUCACUUGGACACGCUACCAGCUACCAUUCGCGUGUUUACCCCUUGAGGGACAGAUCAACACCUUUCAACAAUGCUGGCCGGCCCUCUUCGUGCUCAGUUGUGGAGAGCGCCCAUUCAUCACAUCCCAGCAAAUACUUAAUGAUCCCAGUGAUUUCGUCAAGGAGAAAGCUGAGGUUGCCGAGUGUUUCGAGAAGAUGGAGUCGCUACGGCUUGACGCACGUGAGCAUGCCAUGCUUAGGACUUAUGCUCUCAUGAAAGAUACCCCGUCAGCGUACCAACUCGGAUUUCAAUUGGCCGCUUAUCAUCAAGUCGUCCAUCGGAACGAUCCCCUGCGAUUCUUGAAAUGUCUGGACGUUCUGUCGAUCUCCGGCGAUUCUUUGGUUGCCGUACUAUUUCGCCCAUCAAUUGGUGAGGCAUCCAUGUCCAGGCUGAUCGCCGACAUUCUGAAUCCACGAAGACCUGAACCCGUGGCACUGCCACCUGCACGAGGCCCUCGAACCGACUUCUGCGUCGAAGGGCUACUCGGCAGAAGCACCUCAUCUCCUUCAACAUCCACCUUUGAUGGCUCUUUCCUGCGACCGGCCACCUCAGUGGCUAGUCCUGAGAGCUUCAGCGGGACCGAGGAAGCCUAG